AUGGUAUUUGGGUUUACGAAAAGGGACAGAAGGGUGCCUGACCUGUCCAGGUACGAUUACUACUACCAGAACCAUGAGGAUUACAACAAGAGCCCUCAAUUAUCUGCCGCAGCUGCCUCUGCUGCUUCUGCCGCGUCACCGGAUCGAACCAAUUAUUCGAGGUCACAUUCGUUGGUUAGCCAUGCACCUCCCGUAUCAAAACAGAGAAGCUCUGUGAAACCUCCGGGGAGAAGGCUGUCCACGUCGUCUGCUGUCCCAGCAUCAUCCAGGGGAAUGGCCAAGCAGCAUUCACAAAAAACAUACUCGCUAAGAUCGCAAAGAAGUGGGGAAUAUCAUCUUCACCCACCCGGCAAUGCCAACCAUGGGAGCCGUAUGAACUCAAUGACGUCUGGUGCCAACUCCAGAAGAAACUAUGGCAGCAAAAAUAAGCCCGCAAGUGGUAACAAUAGCGAUUCAAGGGCUAAUUCUAUUACAGUAAAGACUACACAGGUGACAGACCCCUCUGGAAGGACUCAAUCGAUCACGAAAAAGACAAUAAAAAAAAUAAAUGGGUACGAAUAUGUAGAGACCACGACUACAACCAAGAACCUGGUACCAUUGGGCGAUUCACAACGCCACUUCGAUGAAUUUAGUGGGAAUUAUAUGUUGCAAGACGAUGACAUCGUAGAGGAACAAGACGGUGAUAACAUUCACGACAUAAUGGAGGAAAACGAGACGGAUAACGAAAAGUCAUCCUCUCCGGUAAGUGUAGGCCGCUUACCGAAUGAUUCUAACUUAAACAUGGAAAAACCAGAUUUCCCGCCUGGAUCGUACUUUCACCAUAAAUAUUCGACAGACGUCAUGCCCCUAGAGGAGGAAAGCAGUCUAUCCAACUUUAGUGACGCGUUAGAUUAUAUCCCUCCCACCGGCCAACCCAAUAAUAAAUAUAUUCAUAACCAAAGGAAACAAGCAUCGACGGCAAGAAGGAAGAAAAAACAGCCCGUUGUGAAAAAUGAAGAACCGAAGGUUAAGAAACCAUUAACGGAAGCAGAAAUGUACGUGAAAGCCCUAGAAGUUGCCAAAAGAAACGUCUAUCACACGAACGCACCAUCGAAUGACUUUUCGACUUCGCUUGGAAGCGACAAACUCAGGAAAAGUAGGAUGGGCCAAAAUAUGACUUUAAGAAGUAAUAGCGAUUCGCCAACCACCACUGCUAAAUCUGGCGUCGACGCUCAACCUAAAAGAUUUACUAGUACCUUCUUCCAUAGAAAUAAUGGUAAAAGUGAACCCCAUGAAGAGCGUAACCUCUCACUGAUCUCGCAUUCUAAACCGGAAAAAGCGGUAGAUCCAAUACCAGAGCCCAAACAUGCGAACAUAGCGUUGACCGACGAGGAAAUGUAUGAUCAGGCUUUGAAAAUUGCACAAGCUAGAUACUACAAUUCCCAUGGUAUCCAGCCUGAAGCUAUCAAUAACACCGCGGCUAAACCUAAGCAGACCAGUGUUGAUCAUUCGGCGCCUAUUGCAAAUGUUUCGUCCAAUGGAAAACGUUAUUCAGGAGAAUCACAAAUUCCGAUCCAGAGCGAAGUGCAUGAAUACGAAUCCGUCCCAUUGCAGAAGACAAGAACGGCUGGCUCUUCCAAAAACAAGUUCAAGAGCAUGUUUGAUAAGGUGUUGCAAUUUUCACAGGAAAAUUACGGUUAUCAGGCCAAGAAAGAGCAAACACAGCAAGCUGCAGUCAACCCUACCACUGAAGAAAGCCUUCAAGUUGUAUCCACCUCGGAAGGCGUGCCUGCAACCGGGUCUUUCUCGAAUUACAACGCCGCAGCGAAUUCAGUUUCCGAGGGCCCUCUCUCGCCUUCACUACAACAGGCAGGAUCCGUUCGUUCGUCCUCGAACGGACAAAGCCAAAGCAACAUACCCACUCCGCCAGAGGCUGCUACUACGAGGAUGAUAACGCCUGAACAUCAAGAAACUGUGAAGUCAUCUUCUUCGCUUUUGCAGGAUCAGACUCCACAGCGCCAAGAAAACGCUACGGAUCCAACAACAACAACAACAACAACAACAACAACAAACGAGCUGUCCAUCGCUGAACCAACCGCAUCACCCACCACACCCACUGAAACCCCCGUCGUUUCUCAGCCAAUAAUGGUUACAACAACAAAUACCACCAAGACAAUACAAGCUCAAGCUCCUCCCACGAAGCACAAAAAGUCUAGCUUUUUCUCUAAACUGUUCAAGAAAAAGAGUAGCCGUUAG